AUGGUAGCCCUACCUAAUAUACCAGCCAACGCCAGCUGGAUACAGAAUGGAAUAACUGUCGCUGGUGGCCAUGGAGGAGGCAGUGCCACCAAUCAACUCUUCUUCGCUCUUGGUCUCUUCGUUGAUGACAACCAAACCGUGGUAAUCGCUGAUCAAUUCAACAAUCGUAUUAUGCAAUGGAAAAUGGGCGAUAAUAAUGGAGAAGUAGUAGCUGGUGGUAAUGGUCAAGGAAAUAGAUUGGAUCAAUUGAUUAACCCCACUGAUGUGACGGUUGACAAAGAAUCGAAUAGCUUCAUUAUUUGUGAUAGCGGGAAUCGGCGGGUCAUGCGAUGGUCUCGUCGUAGCGGAACAACUCAAGGAGAAGUCUUCAUCGACAACGUUUAUUGUUAUGGGCUGACUGUGGAUGAUCAGAGAAAUCUUUACGUCUGUGACAAGGAAAGAUAUGAAGUAAAACGAUAUCAAAUAGGAGAUAAGAGUGUAACUAUCGUGGCUGGUGGCAACGGCAACGGUACUGGUUUCAAUCAAUUGGACUACCCGUCCUACGUCUUUGUCGAUCAACAACAGGCUGUCUACGUAUCAGAUUUGACAAAUCAUCGUGUGAUGAAAUGGAAUAAAGAUGCAACAGAAGGAAUUGUUGUUGCUGGUGGUCGGGGUGAUGGAACUGCACUAUCACAACUAUCAUAUCCUAACGGACUAUUCGUCGAUGCGUUGGGUAGCCUGUAUGUGGCAGACAAUGUGAAUGAUCGAGUGAUGCGUUGGCCUCAAGGAGCGGAGCAGGGCACUGUUAUUGCAGGUGGGCAUGGUGAAGGAGCUGGGGCCAAUCAGUUGUACAGCGUCGUGGGUUUGUCCAUUGAUCUUCAUGGGAAUCUCUAUGUCGUUGAUUGGGGGAAUCAUCGUGUUCAACGAUUUUCUAUCGAGUCUGACUCGAUAUAA